AUGUUUUUGCUUGUGGCCCUAGCAGCAGUUGCUUCUGCUCAGAUCAUCCACCAUGCGCCUAUCGACAAUGAAUUCUCAGAGCUGGACCAGGUUUUCAACACCUCAAGAGGCACCAACGGGGGAAUUUACAAUUCAUCUUUCGUCCCGGAUAGCAGCUACGGACAGUAUGAUUUUUGCAAUAUGCCCCACGUAAGAAAGGAUAUCUACCCACAGGUAGAUCAGUCCGAGUACAAGUUACAAUUUGUCGAGGUUAUCCAUCGCCAUCACAAGAGAACUCCAUACGCACAGAACUGCUUCCCUGUGGAAACCCUGGUGCUUUAUUGUGAUGAAGCUUUGAACAACUAUUAUUCCGAAUUCAAAACUCCAGCUCACAGUGGUAACACUACGAAACUCUCUUGGGCGAACUACCAGAAUCAGUAUAACCCAUUCAAUUUCAUCCACAACGGCUACAAUGGCACUUGUCAGUUUCCUCAAAUCUCUUACGCAGGUUUAGAAGACUCAUACCAACACGGGCUUGACCUUUAUGGUGUGUACGGGGAGCUGAUGAGUUUUCUCCCAGCGUCAUAUGAUCCCAAGCUAGUAACGUUUCGAGUGACCAAUAAUGUCAUCACCUCUCAAGUUGCUAGUGCAGUGGUUAAGGCCAUGUAUCCUCACGAGAAAGAAAUUGACGUGAAGGUGGAGGCUGAUGGCUUUGAUGUACUCGAGCCGUCCUAUUCGUGCGGAUUUGCGGAUGACAUAGCAUCAGAGAUUACCUCCUCAACUGUAUGGCAGGAACAUUUGGCUAGGGCUGCAGAUUUGUACGAUGAGCUAGACGACAUAUCUGGAGUUGAUCCAGAAUCUAAGGACUGGCAUGUGUCUUUUGAUCAUUACUUCGACAACACUGCGUUCAGAUUGUGUCAUGGGUACGGUCUUGCUUGCAAUUCCGAAAACUCUUCACUCUGUAUGACACAGGACCAGGCAGAACAAAUAUUUCGUCUGGGAGACUUUGAGUACAACUACAAGUACCGGAUUCAUGAAAAUUCGACUCUUUAUGCGGCAACUAGUUACGGAGCAUACUUUAAUGAGCUUAAGCACCGUCUUCUUGAGAAAACCACCGGGGCCACGAGUCUCAAAUACUCUCACAACGUAGCCCAUGAUGGUUCCAUUGCACGUAUUCUUGGGUUUCUCCAGAUUGAUUAUCUCAGAUGGCCAGGAAUGGGAUCGGAGGUUGUGUUAGAGCUCUACCAAGGACUCAAAGACGGUGAAUGGUAUCUAAGAGCUCUUUACAUGGGAAGAAUACUGACAACCACAGGCCCCCUUGGAGAAAUUGACAUGAUCCCUCUUCAUGAUUUUAUCAGUUACAUUGAGUCAAUGAUUGGAAAAGACGCAGAAGUACUAGUUGACUACUGCGUCUAA